AAUUAAUUAAACUGUUACUUAUAGUACUUAAUGAUACAUAUAUAAAGCAAUCCAGUUUCGAAUUAUGAAUUGAUGAACUUAAUUAGACCUUAGAAAAACUUCAUUAAUCUCCUAUUCAUAGACAAUGGGGGGCAAAGAUAGCAUGUUUCGGUACGCCGAUGGAACAGACAAGUUGUUGAUGUUACUUGGGGCUUUGGGCAGCAUUGGAGAUGGAUUGCAGUAUCCUCUCACAAUGUAUGUUCUCAGCCAUGUGAUCAAUGAAUAUGGAAAUCCUAAUAGCUCUUUGUCUAAUGAUACAGUAAACGGGUAUUCACUCAAGCUGCUGUAUGUUGCAAUUUUUGUUGGACUUUCUGCUUUUGUUGAGGGAAUGUGUUGGACAAGAACUGCUGAGAGACAGACUUCUCGAAUGAGAACAGAAUACCUGAAAUCUGUCCUUAGACAAGAAGUUGGUUUCUUUGACACCCAAGAAGCAGGCUCUUCCACAACCUACCAAGUUGUCUCAACUAUCUCCAAUGAUGCCAAUGCGAUUCAAGUUGCAAUAUGCGAAAAGAUACCCGACUGCCUCACAUAUAUGUCGACCUUUGUCUUCUGCCUUGUCUUUUCCUUCAUAUUAUCAUGGAAGCUUGCACUGGCUGCUCUUCCUUUAUCAAUGAUGUUCAUUGUUCCGGGACUUGUAUUUGGGAAGCUCAUGAUGGAUGUUACAAUGAAGAUGAUUGAAUGUUAUGGGGUUGCUGGUGGGAUUGUAGAACAAGCAGUUUCUUCUAUAAGAACUGUAUAUGCAUAUGUGGCAGAGCAUGAGACACUAGAAAGGUUCAGCCGUGCACUUCAAAGAACACUGCAACUAGGAAUAAAGCAAGGUUUCGCAAAAGGCUUGAUGAUGGGAAGCAUGGGAAUCAUUUAUGUAGGUUGGGCUUUUCAGGCUUGGGUUGGCACUUACUUGGUAACUAGUAAAGGGGAAAAGGGUGGCUCCAUCUUUGUAGCUGGAAUCAAUGUGAUCAUGGGAGGAUUGAGCAUUUUGGGUGCACUACCAAAUCUAACUUCUAUCACAGAGGCAACAGUUGCUUCUACUCGUAUUUUCGAAAUGAUUGAUCGAACUCCUAGUAUAGACUCAGAAGAAAAGAAGGGAAAGGCUUUGUCAUAUGUGAGAGGAGAGAUUGAAUUUAAGGACAUCUAUUUUACUUACCCAUCAAGACCUGAUACACCAAUCUUACAGGGCUUGAAUCUUAAAGUUCCAGCUGGUAAGACAGUUGGUCUUGUAGGCAGCAGUGGCUCUGGAAAGUCUACAAUUAUUUCAUUGCUUCAGAGAUUUUAUGACCCUAUUGAAGGAGAAGUGCUCCUGGAUGGGUACAAAAUAAGAAGACUUCAGUUGAAAUGGUUGAGAUCCCAAAUGGGUCUAGUUAAUCAGGAACCAGUACUCUUUGCAACAUCUAUAAAGGAGAAUAUACUAUUUGGGAAGGAAGGAGCUUCAAUGGAUGAUGUGAUAAAUGCUGCCAAGGCAGCAAAUGCUCAUGAGUUCAUUGUUAAGUUACCAGAUGGAUAUGAAACUCAAGUUGGCCAGUAUGGAUUCCAACUAUCUGGUGGGCAAAAGCAGCGAAUCGCCAUAGCAAAGGCUCUAAUUAGGAACCCCAAAAUCCUGCUGCUUGAUGAGGCAACUAGUGCACUUGAUAUGCAAUCUGAAAGAUUAGUGCAAGAGGCAAUUGAUCAGGCAUCAAGAGGAAGGACAACAAUUACCGUUGCUCACCGCCUUUCCACAAUUAGAACAGCAAAAUUGAUUGUGGUUCUUCAAGCAGGAAGAGUAGUCGAAUCAGGCUCUCAUGAAGAGCUAAUGAAUAUAAAUGAUGGACAGGGCGGGGAAUACUACCGGAUGGUGCAGUUGCAGCAGAUGGCAGCAGGAAAUGAAUCUCCUAGUGAUUUUAGUCCUCACAACAAUGGGAGAAACUUCCAUAAGAUGAUUGUUGCACCAAGUCCAAUCAGUGUGAGAGCAAGUAUUCAAAACACUCCAGUGUUAUACCCUUUCAGCCCUGCAUUAUCCUUGGGCACCCCCUAUUCCUAUUCAGCCGCAUAUGAUCCUGAUGAUGACAGCGUUGAAGAUGACUUAAAGCGACUGAAUUAUCCUGCUCCCUCUCAGUGGCAACUGCUGAAAAUGAAUGCACUUGAAUGGGGUAGGGCCUUGAUUGGAUGCUUGGCUGCGAUAGGCUCUGGGGCAGUUCAACCCAUAAAUGCUUACUGUGUGGGUUCGCUUAUAGCAAAUUACUUCCGUACGGACAAAUCUGAUAUCAAGCACAAGAAUAGAAUCUUGUCCCUUGUUUUCUUAGGCAUUGGAGCUCUCAACUUCACUUCCAGCCUCCUACAACACUACAGCUUUGCAGUUAUGGGCGAAAAACUGACAAAAAGAGUACGGGAGAAACUGCUUGCAAAGCUGAUGACUUUUGAGAUAGGAUGGUUUGAUGAUGAUGAGAAUACAAGUGCAGCAAUUUGUGCCAGGUUUGCCACUGAAGCUAGUAUGGUUCGGUCCCUUGUUGGAGACCGAAUGUCAUUGCUGGUUCAAGCAUUCUUUGGGUCUCUUUUUGCUUAUGCACUAGCACUUUUUCUCUCAUGGAGGCUAGCCCUUGUGAUGAUUGCAGUGCAACCAUUAGUUGUUGGGAGCUAUUAUUUAAGGAGUGUGUUGAUGAAAAGUAUGGCUGGGAAGGCACAAAAAGCACAAAAAGAAGGAAGCCAACUUGCCAGUGAGGCUGUGAUUAACCACAGAACAAUAACUGCAUUCUCUUCUCAGAAGAGAAUGUUGGGGCUCUUCAAAGACACCUUGAGAGGUCCUAAAGAGGAGAGUGUUAAACAUUCUUGGCUCUCAGGUUUUGGCCUCUUUAGUGCUCAAUUUUUCACCACAGCUGCUACUGCAUUAGCUUACUGGUAUGGUGGAAGACUCUUGACAGAAGGGUUAAUAUCCCCAGAGCACCUUUUCCAAGCAUUUUUGAUACUGCUUUUCACUGCCUAUGUCAUUGCAGAAGCUGGAAGUAUGACUAAUGAUUUAUCUAAAGGAGGCAAUGCCAUUCGAUCAGUGUUUGCAAUCUUAGACAGGAAAAGUGAGAUUGAUCCAAAUAACUCAUGGGGAUUAGACAUUAAAAAGGAGAUAAAGGGUCGUGUAGAUUUCAAAAAUGUUUUCUUCGCAUAUCCAACAAGACCUGAUCAGAUGAUCUUCUGUGGCCUGAACCUUAAAAUUGAUGCAGGAAAGACACUGGCACUAGUAGGGCCAAGUGGUUCCGGAAAAUCUACUAUCAUUGCCCUUAUAGAGAGAUUCUAUGAUCCAUUGAAAGGAUCAAUUUUAAUCGAUGGACAGGACAUAAAGAACUACAAUUUGAAGAUGCUUAGAUCUCAUAUUGCAUUAGUCAGCCAGGAACCAACCCUGUUUGCUGGAACUAUCAAGGAAAACAUCACUUAUGGUAAAGAGGAUGUCCGAGAAUCUGAAAUAAGGACGGCUGCAGUUCUUGCAAAUGCACAUGAAUUUAUCAGUGGAAUGAAAGAUGGAUACGACACAUACUGUGGAGAAAGAGGAGCUCAGCUAUCAGGAGGUCAAAAACAAAGGAUAGCACUCGCUCGUGCCAUCAUCAAGAACCCCUCAAUCCUUCUGUUAGAUGAAGCUACUAGUGCACUCGACAGUGUCUCAGCAAGCCUAGUUCAAGAGGCACUUGAGAAGAUGAUGGUUGGCAGAACAUGCAUAGUUGUUGCCCACAGGCUAUCAACUAUACAGAAAUCCAACAACAUUGCAGUUGUCAAAAAUGGUAAGAUUGUAGAGGAGGGCUCGCAUAACGAACUUAUCUCAUUAGGUCGCGGUGGAGUAUACUAUUCUCUGAUAAAAGGGCAAGGCAGCAGCUCCCCAUAUCGCUGAAUCAGAAUGUUUGUGAAUGAGAAUCAAUGAUGCCACAAACACUAUCUACCCUAUAAGUUUGGGCCCUAGCUUUUGUAGAUUCAAGUUUGGCUUUUACCUGAAGAACAAUAAACUGCUUGAGCUUGGUGAACUCAUGACACGGGUCUUGGUCGUGGUUUACUUGAAAGUUUAGUGGAUGGUGUUUAUGAAGGCUCAGAUUGUCAAUUUGGUAUUCAUGUUUUGUGUAUAUCUACAAAACUUAUAGACAGUUGAAAACACUGAAUUACAUUGGGAUUUAGAUCACCAUAAGAAAAUGAAAUAUCCUGCUUUGCUG